GGCUCUCUGUGGUUCCAGCUUCACAGCUUUAUAGUUUAUUUAAGCUGAAAAAAAAAAUUUACUCUGCUUAAAAUAUCUUGCAUAAUUUUAUUUUUGUAAAUAAUAUUUUCUUUUACACUCAGAUCUCAGGGGUACAGUAUAUUUUACUGUUCUUAUGUUUGCACUUUCCUGUUUGCGAUUGCCACAUCUAUCACCACUGCAGUAAUCUGACUUUAUCAGGAGGUCACACAGCUUAAUUUAUCAUUUGCACGAAAAAGGUACCAUAGUUAUCUCCAUACAUACAUUUAUUUCUUCCUUUUUAUGUUGCCAUCACUUGAUUGCCACAUCUAUCACCACUGCAGUAUUCUGCUCUGUUUUCAUUCUCACGGUCUGUUUGCUUUGCUGUACUGUUUUUGCUUUGCUGUACUGUCACACAGCAUUUUUGUUGUUGUCUACUGCCCUUUGUGAUUCCCCUCAUUAGGAAAUAAGGCUGUCCAAACCAUAUGUAUGUUUUUUUUUGUCCCUGUACAAUCCCUGCCAUGUUGACUGAUGUGUUGUAAUAGACUAAAUGCAAUCUGGUUUGCAAAAUCUGAUCAAAGACUUGUGAAGAGAGGACAAUUUUAAAGUCAGAGUAUCUUUACAUUUAUAUAAACUGCUUCAUUACAUUUCUGGAUGUCACUAUGACUGAUAGAACAUUUAAUUUUAGAAAAAGCAGGAGGGAGAGGGCAAACAUUUGUACUUUGUAUGUGAAAUGUUUAUUCUCUGACUAUUCUCUGGAUUUGCUCUGGACAUCUGUUUCUGGACUGUUGUGAAUGACCUCUGGAUAGAUUCUGACCCUAAUUUGGAUACUGGGCUUUUUUGUAUUUAUUAAUGAACCUCCUGGACAUGGAUCCUCACACAUUACAACUCAUUACAUUUAGCAGAUACCAGUUCACAUGAAGUGUUUAUUUUUGUUUAUAGUAUAAGCUAUAUUAUAUAGUAUUAUAUAACAGUAUUAGCUGUUAUAUAAUAACCACUUACACAGGGAGCUGAAAGCCACACACUCCAUACAAACUGAUUUAAAAAAAAAAAAAAAGUGUGUAAUUGUUGAUGUGGUGGGUGAAGUUUUCUGUAAGGGGCUGUUUAUUUAGCAUUUUUUGAAAGUUUUUUAUUUUUUAAACAUUUUUUAAAUGUCAGUAUGAAGAUAUACAGUGUAGUGUCUGAUCAUGAACAGCAACAGUGCACAUAGUAGAGGACCACACCUGGGCCCUUAACACAAUCUGCUUACCCAAAAAAAAUCCCAGCAGUGUCUCCAUGUCCUGCAGAGACUAUAAUGGGAGCAAACCUCCAACAAACUUCUCUGUAUUCUACCAGGGAGGCUAUAGUGAGCAUUCUGUAUCACCCCACACUAGUGUUGCAGUAGUAACAUCUUGUAACACAAGACCCUUCAAUAGGUAGGAAAACAGCUGAGAAUAUGGAUGUGAUGUUUAAAUAUUAUGUGCUGCUGCUUAUUAUGACACUUUACACUGCAAAUCACACUGUUUGAAAAAUUAUAACAAAUUAUAAGUUUGCCCACUGCAUAUCUUUUUUUACAUCACCUACCAGGGAUGCAACACGAUACUUGUAUGUGUAUUUGUAUAUGUUUAGUGUUCCAAAUAUCCAUAAUCUGUAUCUGUAUUCAGAUAUAAACUGGAAGUUAUCAUGGUCUAAACCAAAGCUGUAACUGCAGCAAAAGGUGAUUCUACCAAGUACUAAUCUGAAGAGGUUGAAUACUUAUGAAUGCAGCAUAUCUAAUUUUUUUUUUUUUUAAAUUUAAAGAUCUGCUGAUAAAUAAUACAUUUUGGCUUUGAGAUUUUACAUUAAGAUCAUAAUGGUUUGCAAUAUAAAUACUGGCCAGAGCAUUCUGUGUAAAUGUCAAUGUUUUUUUGGGGGUCAGUGCACGUUUAACCGUUUUAUUAGCUGUGCGUGUUCAGUGACGCAGUUCAUGAGAAGUGAGAAAACCUCUAAACCACUUUCUGAGAAUACACUACCCAUGACAACUUUGUAUACAGCACUGUUUGGUACAUUUUUUCUUGCGUUUAGAGCCACCCACAGUGAACAUUUAUAGAUUGAGUAUCCUCAGGAAGUGUUUUUGCUGUCUUCAGCUAGGGUUGGGUCAACAGACUCAGUCGACCUGCAGCAGGGCAAAAGAGUAGUAAGGUAACACAGCAAUGCAGGACUUUCAUGGAUAUUGUAUUUCCUUCUCUGGAGUGCUGCUGUUUGGUUUUCUUCAAGGUGUGUGUGUUGGUUUGGCUGACACAGUGAAGGUGCUCAAAGUUGGGAGCUCCUUGGAUCUUCCAUUUCAAUACCCAAUAGAAUCAGUGUUAUUGGUUCAGUGGACCUUCAAUAAGAACAUUUUUGCCGAAUACAGUACAGACCAAAAUUACACACUCCUGGAAUCCCAGUUCAGUGGAAGAUUAAAGGAGCACUAUGAUAGAGUUGGAGUAACUGUACAAGAUCUUCAACACCAAGAUUCUGGGACGUUCUCAGUGGCUGCAGUUAGCAUUAAACCACAGUAUCAAACACAAAUAUUUAAAGUUUAUGUUCAAAGUCCCAUAAAAGCUGUGCAGAUUGAGAAGUAUCAGACGUGGCUGGUGUCCACAAACAGCUGUGAUGUUGAUGUGAAGUGUGCAGCGCUUGGAUCUGAGAGUGUCUCUUACCUGUGGAGCGGCUAUAAGACUGCGCACGGAGCUCAGCUUCAGUUCAGUCUCUCACCAGCAGAAGGAGCCGUUACACUGAACUGCACUGCAGCUAACAACGUCAGCUCCAGUUCUGCUACAGAGACACUGAGCUGUAGCCCUGAACAGCCUGAACCAGUGCUUAAACUGGUCAGUAGUCUAGUGGCGGCCUCUCCGUAUCUGCUGGUGACCAUCAUUCUGGGUGUAAAAUGUUACAGAGCUCGGGGUCAUCAUAACAGCCAGUAUGCUGUUGAGGAAUAAGCACUUGGCUCUCUGUGGUUCCUGCUUCACAAUUUUAUAGUUUAUUGAAGCUGAAAAAAAAAAUCACCUCUGCUUAAAAAUAUCUUGCAUGAUUUUAUUUUUGUAAAUAAUAUUUUCAGUUACCCUCAGAUCUCAGGGGCACAGUGUUCUUAUGUUUGCACUUUUCUGGAAUGAAUGUUGGCGCUCGGAUUCUCAUACAGACAUUGCACGCCCUUAUGACUGCUGGGAAAACUCAGUUUCUUCAAUCUCUCUGUUUCCUCUUCCAGCCCCUUGUAUUUCACCAGAUUCUUGCAUUUCUUCCUUUGUAUGUUGCCAUCACUUGAUUUCCACAUCUAUCACCACUGCAGUAAUCUGACUGUAUCUGGGAUUUUUUUUCUUUUCUACUGCUCCCUGUGAUUCCACUAAUUAGGACAUGGAACUGUCCAAACCAUAUUCAUGUUCAUGGACAGUUUCUGACUCUAAUUUUGGAUACUGGACUCAUAUUUAUUAAUAACCCUACUGGACAUUGAUCCUCACACAUCUCCUGAGUUUUACAACUCAUUACAUUUAGCAGAUAGCAGUUAGAAUAAAAUCUGUAUUUGUUCUGGAAUACACAGUCCCUAUGCACUUGAAUUGAAUGAAGUGCCAGUUGUAAUUCAAAUCACAGGUUUAUUAUUAAUGUGCUUGUUUUGGCAUUAAUUGAAGGAGCAUUUUUGGAAGGCGUCUCCAGUGUCAGUGCUUUGUAACAAUCAGAGGUAAAGCUGUAACUUUACAUUUUCCAACAUGUGAGACUCUUCUGGAAAGAGGACAAUUUGAAUCAACAGUAUAGUGUCUGAUCCUGAACAGCCACACUGUGCACAUUACAGAGGACCACACCACAUUGCCGAGGACCACAGCCUUAACAUAAUCUCAUUACCCAAAAAAGCCCAGUUGUCUUCAUUUCCUACAGACACUAUAAGUACAGUAAACUUUCUCUUACUACCAUCUGUAUUUUCAACCAGGGAAACUACAGGAAGCAUCCUAUGUCACCACACUCUGGUAUUACGGUAACAACAGCUUGUAACACAAGACCCUAUAUCAGGUAGUGUAAACAGCUGAGAAUAUAAUCUAAGUGUCUCUCCCACUAUAAACACUGCAUUCACAAAGCUAGCAGCAUUAUGCCAACAAUAUCAGCUCUAAUUUUGCUACAGAGUCACUGAGCUGUAGCACCAAAACCAGUACAAUUACACUUUUCCUUCCAGUGAGUGAACAUCAUAGUCUGUAACUACACCCUAUACAAGCUUUACAAAAAUUUCUGGUGGGGAAUAUAGAGGAAAAAGAGAGAAACUGCUAAUUGUUAAGUAGUUGUAUUGGAUUGUGUGAUUUCUCUUUGUCCUGCGGUCUUCAUGUCUGACAACACACAUGAGGUAAAAAUUGUCCUACAUGCACAUCUUUUUUUAUUGGAUCAUGCAAGAUCAUAUUCAUUUCUAAUACAGACUUCUGCUACAAAAAGUCUAAUUCAUGUGCAUUAAAUACAAUUUUUCCUAAGCAGUAACAUUUAUAUAUUUAUAUAGUGUAUUUUAAUUAUUUAUAAUCACACUAUCCAGUCUCAUGCAGAUGAGGAUGGGUUCCCUUUGUUAAUCAGGUUCCUCCCAAGAUUUCUUCCUCAUGUUGUCUCAGGGAGUUUUUUCUUUUCCACUGUCACCUCUGGCUUGUUAAUUAGGAAUCUAAAUAUACAUUUCUGCAAAACAUUUGUGACAAUAUUUACUGUUAAAAGCACUAUGCAGAUAGAAAAGAAUUGAAUUAAGUUGAAUAUGGUUUAAGCUUCCCAUAUCUGAGCUGUGUCAUCCAUCUACUAAUAUUUUAAUUGUACCUCAAGAGAAAUGCAAGCACAGUGUUACUUACUAUUGUUACUAUAGUGUAACUAUAGUGUUACUUACUUAACAGUUACUCUGUCACAUUACUAUUUGAGCUUAGAAAUAAAAUUAAAGCAUAAGCAUUUCCAUCAAAUGGGAACAUUCCCAUUUGAAAAGCAAUAGCCAAUAAUUAAAUUGCAAAUUUUUAUAAUAUUAUAGAUAUAAUAUCAUAUAAUAAACUGGCAUUAAAGGUGCAUUAGGUUAGAUAAGUCUUUUUUUUUUUCAAGGUUAGAUCUCUAAAAGUGGGUAUCCCCCAGGAUCUACAGUGGUGCUGUAGAGUUAAGUGUCUAUAAAAUGAUUGACAGGAGGCGCAUCCAAACACAAACAACCAUUCUGGUCUUAAAGGCAGUUUUCCAAACGUGUUUUCUCAGCGAUUUAAUACACUUUUGCCAAAGCCAUUGCUUAAUGCAUUGUUUUUUUUUUUGUUUGUUUUGUUUUUUUAAAUCGACCUGUAACAACAUUAAAAAACAAAUUGCCAUUCAAUUUAUUUUUUGUAAAUUAUAAGCUGGCACAGAACACAAAAUAUUCUCAAACCCUGGACACAGGACUUAAAUGCAUUAAAUUGUAAAUCUUUUUUUAUUAUUUUUAAAUUAAAAUGUUAAAUUACACAGCCCCUACAUUUGCCUGUAAUUUUUGUUUUCAAAAGCCUAGAAUACUUUUCUGAAAAAAACAGAAAAUCAUUUCAACCAAAAGAUGUUGCAAUGGCCCUUUCCAUGUGUAAUGAACCCUUAUUUGUUCAGCAUAUCAUUAAAAUGCUAUUUUUCCUCUGUUCUGCAAUAAUCUGCAUUUGUUUAUUUCUUGGUGAAAACUCUUUAUGACGAUCUGUGAAUGUAAAUCAGACAUUUUACUGGCCUACAAUCUCUUUCCACUGCAGAUGCUGUGCAUGUAGAUGCAGUUACAUGGUUUGCAUUACGUCAUACAUACAGCAACUAAGGUCCUGUGCAGUGUUAAUCUCUUUACUGAACAUGAUCAGUUCUUUGAAAAGAUUUUUUAAAAAUGGCACAUGUCUUUUCACAAGUCUACAUGAGUUCUUUCCUCCUCUGGCCUUUCAGCAACUGACCACAAGUAAAAAGAGUAAACAUGCGGGUUAGUGCACGUUUAUCCACUUUGAUAAGCAGUGCGUGUUUUAGCAGAACCACAGUGCAUGUCAGUGACAAAUGCCACUAUACCACUUUCAGAGAAUACAGAGAAUUUCAGAGACUUUGCACUGAUGCCCUGUUUUUGCUUUUACUGCCACCCACAGCAAACAUUUAUAGAUUAAGAGACCUCAGACCCACAGUGAGUGAGGAAGUGUU